AUGAUAUGGAAUGAAGCCAAUAUCAUUAUUACUGUGGUCAUUAUUAUAUCCUGUAUUAAGGAAUACAGACUGUUAGAUUUAACUUAUUCAUUGAUGAUUACAUCAUCUAUGAUUGCAGAUUAUCCCAGAAGACAACCUAAACUAAUUUGUACACAGAGAGAUGGAAUAAUUCAAUGCUAUUAUGUAAAUAAAGGCACUAGCAUUCAACGUUUCAAUGGAAAAGGAUUAUUAUGGUCACUUUUAACAUUGAAUUUUAUAUAUUUACUGAUCUCAAAAUAUUGGUGA